GUCCGCCGAGCCAUGUCGUUGAGCCCCAAGCACACGACGCCCUUCUCCGUGUCCGACAUCCUGAGCCCCAUCGAGGAGACCUACAAGAAGUUCGGCGGCGUCAUGGACGGCGCGCCGCCUGGCCUGGGGGCGCCCCUGGGGGCCGCCGCCUACCGCGCGCCACCGACUGGCCCCUCCUCGCAGGCGGCGGCCGUGGCGGGCAUGCAGCCGCCCCACGCCAUGGCCGGACACAACGCGGCGGCGGCGGCGGCGGCAGCGGCGGCAGCGGCGGCGGCGGCCGCCACCUACCACAUGCCUCCCGGGGUCUCGCAGUUCCCGCACAGCGCCAUGGGCAGCUACUGCAACGGCGGCCUGGGCAACAUGGGUGAGCUGCCCGCCUACACGGACGGCAUGCGGGGCGGCGCGGCGGCCGCGGCCACCGGCUGGUACGGCGCCAACACGGACCCGCGCUACUCGUCAAUCUCCAGGUUCAUGGGGCCGUCGGCGGGCGUGAACGUGGCCGGCAUGGGCUCGCUGACCGGCAUCGCGGACGCCGCCAAGUCGCUGGCGCCGCUGCACGCGGCCGCGCCGCGAAGGAAGCGCCGAGUGCUCUUCUCGCAAGCGCAGGUCUACGAGCUGGAGCGGCGCUUCAAGCAGCAGAAGUACCUGUCGGCGCCCGAGCGCGAGCACCUGGCCAGCAUGAUCCACCUGACGCCCACGCAGGUCAAGAUCUGGUUCCAGAACCAUCGCUACAAGAUGAAGAGACAGGCCAAGGACAAGGCGGCACAGCAGCUGCAACAGGAGGGCGGCCUGGGCCCCCCAGCGCCUCCGCCUCCGCCGUCACCGCGCCGCGUGGCGGUACCGGUGCUGGUGAAGGACGGCAAGCCGUGCCAGAACGGCGCGGGCACCCCGACGCCUGGCCAGGGCGGCCAGCAGCCGCAGGCCCCGACGCCGGCGCCAGAGCUCGAGGAGCUGUCGCCCAGCCCGCCUGCUCUGCAUGGUCCCGGGGGCGGCUUAGCGGCCCUGGACGCGGCCACCGGGGACUAUGGCGGAGGCGUGCUCGGCGCCAACCUCCUCUAUGGCAGAACGUGGUGA